GGCAUCCAGUUCCUGAUUGAAAACGACCUGCUGAAGAACACAUGUGAGGAUAUCGCUCAGUUCCUUUACAAGGGAGAGGGUCUCAAUAAGACAGCCAUCGGUGACUACCUGGGAGAGAGGGACGAGUUCAACAUCCAAGUCCUGCAUGCCUUCGUGGAGCUGCACGAGUUCACUGACCUCAACCUCGUGCAGGCCCUGCGGCAGUUCCUGUGGAGCUUCCGGCUGCCCGGGGAGGCACAGAAGAUCGACCGCAUGAUGGAGGCCUUCGCCCAGCGGUACUGCCAGUGCAACCCUGGCGUCUUCCAGUCCACAGACACCUGCUACGUGCUCUCCUUUGCUAUCAUCAUGCUGAACACCAGCCUGCACAACCCCAAUGUCAAGGAUAAACCCACGGCAGAGCGCUUCAUCGCCAUGAACCGUGGUAUCAACGAUGGAGGGGACCUACCCGAGGAGCUGCUCCGGAAUCUCUACGAGAGCAUCAAGAAUGAACCUUUCAAAAUCCCUGAGGAUGAUGGCAAUGACCUCACCCACACCUUCUUCAACCCUGACCGGGAGGGCUGGCUCCUGAAGCUAGGUGAGUCCUGGCAGCUGGGCAGACACGGCCCAGGGAGGGCAGGCUCUCCCCAGGGACAGAGCUGGGCUGUGGGUGCAAUGCCCCCGGGCUGCCUGCACUUCACCUGCUGGCCUGGCUCCUCGGAGCGUGGCCCUGUGGAGGGGCAAGAGGCUGCAGACCGGGGCACAGCCCCCAUGGGGAAGGCGUCCGUACAUCCAGCAGCCCUCCAUCUUCCCCGGCUGGCAGCAGGGAAGCUGUGA